UAAAUUCAUGCUACUAGUAUUUUAUAGCAAGAUGAUGAAGAACUUAAUCCCCUUAACAUUCAAAUUAUUUCCCUGGUCUAGUUAUCAAAGCUUGCGAUAUGUAUCAGGCAUCCCAUCACUGUAUGUCACCCAUUUAAGGUCUACUGCAGAAAUAUGUCAAAAUCAUUUCAUACGAGUCAUCCAACUCACAUAUCUUUUUAUCAUUACAUCGCUCACGCUUUCCCCGCAUGCUCGUGCUCUUCACCCUCCACUAUGAGCUUCUGCAGUGUCUUUGCACAUUAAGAACAUUGAAUUAUGCAGCAUGCACUCAGAGCAGCCUGAUGUCGCCACUCAUUUCAUUGUGCGCCGCGGGUCUGCUGUGUUGUUGGGUGCAUAAAGGCUGGAGACAGACGCAGAACUCUCACUCGCCGGACUGUCGAGGGAGGGAGAAGUCCAACCACGGAAGCACUGCAUACGUAGACUGCAAUACUCUGAAGCAGAAGCACCAAUGAAGGAGUCAGUGCGGAACCGUCUGCUGGUGACAGCGGUGCUGCUGCAUAUGAGACUCACGGGCGGCACUGAGGCGAGCGUGGAGCAGGUGGGCGUAAUGGUGAGACAGGUGGUGGCGUAUCACCUUUCCACCUGUCACCUGAUGCUCAUGACCACCUCACCUCACUCACCUGUGUUCGUCGCCAUACGCAGGCACAUGGAGGAUGGUGUUGGAGUGGUGGUGUCCUCAGCAGACCAGCAUCACCACCACAUCGAUGAGGCGCUGUUCGGGGACUCUGUGCUGGCGUGUCGUGGAGUAAUCCUUCACCUUCACGAGGGCAGCGACAACGACACUCUUGCGCUCAGAGUGUUGGAGAGGGCGGGCCUGUGGAAGAGACCGGAGACCAAAGUGGUGGUUGUGGGAGGUGCGGAGCGGGUGAAGGGCGUUUUCUCGCACCCCAGCCUCCGCAACACCAUCCACGGCGUGUACCUGGCCCUCCACCAAGAUCCCGCAGCCUCCAUCGGUCCUGGCGAGGUCACCAUCAGACGCUCACUGGAACCUUUCAAACCAACAUGUGUGUUUUGGAUAUUUUCGAAGUACAUUUGUAGCUGUUUAUUACUCUUACUUCUCCUCUCUUCUUUCUUGUAUUAAUCUGUUUUCUGAGCCUUCGGAAUCAAUGUGCUAAUCAAGUGGUCAAAUUAAGUGUAUUUUUCAUGCUUAAUAUUACAUUGUAAAUAAAAGAAUAAAGUUUUUACGCGUACAGUAGCCUUAAUCCAGUACCUAAUAUCAUGCAAAAGUUGAACUCUAUAU